GACAUCAAGAUCAACUAUAUGGUGAAAGGCAAAUUCUAUGGUUACCAGUUUCUAUGGUUACCAGUUUCUAUGGUUACCAGUUUCUUUGAAAAUAAUAGUUAUUGAGGUUUAAUUGGUGAUGUUGCUAAACAACUUGCAGUCAAUAAUAUUUCGAAUAAGAAAAAGUCAGUGUCAAACAUGGAAUACGCAAUAUAUUUAUCAUAUGUUUAAAAUUUUGAAAGAAAGUAAAAAACAUAAACACUCUAAAUUAUUGUAUAUAAUUUUAAGAAUUUGGAACAGAAGUAUUGCAAGGCUAAUAAAAAAUAAUGGAUAUAAUAAAGAUCUUGGAAACCACAUGACGAGAGAGGAAGAAAUUUGGAGAGAGAGACACGAGAGAGAUUUUAAGAAGUUUUUUGAAGAAGAACCAAAUUUUAUAUCGAAUGAAAAUGAAAAAGAGGCUUUUAUAAAAAUAAUUGAAAAUAAUAAUGAGUAUAUUAAAAGAAGCUUAAGAAAUGAUGAAGGAAAUGAAUGAAUAAUUAAAGGAAGAAAAUGAAAAUAUUAGAAAAAAGAAUUAUAAGUAUAGAAAGAGUAAUUAACAGUAUAGAAGGAGUGCAGAAAAUUUGGAUCAAGAAAUGGCAAAGUACGACGCUUGCAAUAUAUAAAUUAAAAAUAUAAAAAAUUCACAAAAAAUGUGUUUUUUUAAAAAAGAAUAAACAUUUUUAUGAUAUCAAUUAACAUUUUUUAAAAAAAUCUAAAUACAAUUCUUAAACACAUACGAUUCAUAUUUGUAAUUUAAUACGUUUUUUAAAAUCAUUUUUUUUAGGCGUAGGUUUAAUUAAAUUUAAAUAAAAACUUUUUACAAAUGAAUGUA